UAACCAUCAUCAUCAAUCAUUUGAUAGCUUUAUUAAGAUCACGGUAUCAUUUGAUAGCUUAUAUCCAACACAAAUAAACACUCACAUUCGCUUUCCACAAACAAUCAUACACAUAAUACACUUACAACAUUAGGAAAAAAGAUAGGCAAACCCGAUCAAACCGUUUACAAAUUAAGUGACUGACGUUUUUGCGACAUUUUCAUCGAGUGUUAGCCCGUCUCAUGAUAACAAUAUCAAAGUUCAAACUUUAUUAUAAUAAAAACAUCACAAAUUACAAAAAAAAAUCAGGAAAUUUGUAGAUCUAAUAUAUCACGACGAAAUAAAAACAAAAGUGGUACCAGAUAAUACCAGGAUGGUAACGAGUGGUAUAGGUGGUAUAAAAAAAAUUCUCAAGAUAUUGAAAGUUGAUAUAAUUUUAUAAAUCAUAACGAACUCAUUUCAUCUGUGUGAAACUUUUUGAAAUACAAGUUAUACGAAGAAAAUAUAAAUUGAUUAAAAAUAUGAGAAAUAAAAAAGGUCAGUAAUGCUCAUGUCUUAAAGCUAACCCUAAUUAAACUUAAGAGUUCAUAUCUAAUUAUGAAAGGGAACUAAUAUGGAAGGAAGAAAAGGGGGAAAACAGCAAAACCUUCCCCAGGAUCUGUGAUGCACUGAUGGCCGUCCGAUGAUCUAGUCUCACGCAGACAGGGAAUCUAAUCCGACGGCGGAGAAGUGAUGUAGUGGGUACACGUGAGAUGAGCAGAAGAAAAGGGAAAAGCCAAAAAAGAAGUUAAUAAAAGGAGGAGUGGAUCACUCGAGAAGUGACUUACUUACUUCCCGAUUCCCCAGGCCUGCCUCUGCGGCUCUGCCUCCGCCAUUGCUCUGUCUCUCUCUCUCUCUCUCUCUCCCGGCCGAGCAGCCGACCGACCGAGGAAGCGAGCGCGCGGCACACUCUGCGCCACCAUCCCAACCUUCCUCCAUCCAUUGCCCGGUUCCAUUCAUUCCACCCAACAGUUUUAUCACAAACCCAACAGUCAAUUUCUGCGAGAUAUAAAUGCUCUGUUUCUCUCUCUCUCUCUCUCUGCCUCUGUUUUUUCUUUUGCUUUCCCAAGCUACUUAAAUAGCGCAUCUACAAAGGGCAGCAAGCCAAGCAUCAUCGACUCUUCCUUUCCUCUUGCUCCCACGCACGCACCCCCCAAGUCUCUGCUUUCAUUUCUCUUCCCUUCUCUAACUACCCCCCAGCUCGACCCCCGAGCGUCAAAGCAAACAUUUUUAAUUCCCCACACUGUCAGAUCAAAAAGUUGGUGAAUUUGGGAUUUGGGAAAUUUUUUGGUGGGUGGGGUUGGGAUUGAGCGAGUACAUGGAUCCGAUGAGCGAGGAGCCCUUCAACUUGGCGGAGAUCUGGCAGUUCCCGCUGAAUGGCAAUGGGAGAGGCCAAUUUGGGCAGAGUUUGGCUCACUUUGCAGACUCUGCCACGGAUAAUGAUCCACCGCCCAAUUUGGAGGACAGAGGAGGAGGAGGAGGAAGUUUCAUGAGGAAGCGCCGGGAUUUGGAGGAGGCCGUCUCCACCAGCAAUGGCAGCGGGAAUGGACUGAAUGACAGUGAUGGGAAACGGAUUAAAACAACAAGAGGAGGGAGUAGAGAUGAUAACUGUGAUGCCAAACCUGAAGAAACAGAGCUCAGUUCAGGGAAGCCGCCGGUGGAACAAAAGGCUCAACCACCCUCCGCCGCAGAGCCACCUAAACAAGAUUUCAUCCACGUACGGGCCCGGCGUGGUCAAGCUACUGACAGCCACAGCCUUGCUGAAAGAGCCAGGAGAGAAAAAAUCAGUGAGAGGAUGAAGAUUCUUCAGGACAUCGUCCCUGGUUGCAACAAGGUCAUUGGGAAAGCUCUCGUCCUUGAUGAGAUUAUUAAUUACAUCCAAUCGUUACAGCGUCAAGUUGAGUUCCUGUCAAUGAAGCUGGAAGCAGUUAAUUCCAGAAUGACUCCAGGGAUGGAUGUCUACCCUUCGAAAGAGUAUGGCCAGCAAACAUUUGAUGCUUCCGGCAUAGGUUAUGGUUCACAAACCACAAGGGAAUUCAGCCGGGGAGCGUCGCCUGAAUGGCUGCACAUGCAGAUUGGUGGCGCUUUUGAGAGAUCGUGAUCAAUUGAUUGCCAACAAGAGAAGCAGCAAUACGAUACUUUAUAUCCUCCAGAGGGUUAGUUACAUUAUACGCAGCUAAGUUCUGGUUAAAAAGAUAAGAGAGCAUUAUGUGUCACUACAGCUACUUCGACAUCAUAACAUGAAAGCUGUGGAAUCCCGAACAGAGAUCUCUCCAGUUGUUUGAUCG